AUGACCCUCGCGAUAGCCGAAGCAGGAGCCGAUGUAGUUGCCAUCCUGUCCUCCUGGGACCCGCCCGCAGGUCAACUCGAAGAGUCAAUACACAAGUCAGGUCGUGAAUUUAGCGUCUUUCACAGCGAGGUAAGCGACUCGGCUGACCUGAGACGUUGCUUUCAUGACAUAUGGGGUGCGGGAGUCGAGCCUGAUAUUCUGCUCAACUGUUCGAUCAUGAACCGUCGUGGCCCAAUCGAGAAUAUGAAGGACGAGGAUAUUGAUUUGGUCCUCUCAGUCAAUUUGAAAGCUGCAUAUGUUGCCGCCCAAGAAGUCGGGUCACGCAUGAUUCAACGCCUGCGUAAAGGGAAGAUUAUUAAUUUUGGAUCGGCAACCGCUCAUCUCGCUAUGACGGAUGUAUCUGUAUACGCGGCUGCCAAGGCAGGAGUAUUGCAAAUGACCAAAGCAUUUAGCAAUGAAUGGGCGGCAAAGGGUAUUCAGGUCAACAAUAUUUCUCCUGGAUACUCGACCGCUGCGUCGGCCAUCUCGCUCUCAUCCCAGAACCCGGAGAUGGCUUCGUACAUUACCAAUCGCACACCUGCUGGACGUUUGGGCACACCUGCAGAUUUUCGAGGGGUUGUUGUGUUUCUUUGCAGUGCCGCCUCGGAUUUUGUGACCGGGUCCAGCAUUUUCGUCGACGGCGGUCUAAUGGCUAGAUAG